AGAUCUUUCGAUCGAUUUGUGGUCGACAGCUCAAUUUGACGGCGACACAAUGGCAUUCAUCGUCUGUAAAUUGCGGUAGCUAUAGUAAAGCAUAAAGACAAGACACUACACUAGAAGACAAGACAAUCAGCAUGCUGCGACAAUUCUCUUCCUUUAUGGCAUCCCGAAUGGGCGGCCGAUUUCCUUGUACGGCAUCGACUCGUUGUUGGUCUGGACCACGGCAAUUCUCCACCGUGAUGGCGCCAUCAUCACAAGAACAAGUCGAGCCCGAAACCGUCUUGAUUCAAACGAAUGAUGGCAGGACUUUCAAAGUACUAGACUCGAGAAAGCUACCUCCCCUCAAGCCUCAUAUAGUCAAGCGACGGCUCAGUCGCAUGAGAACCUAUGUCGAAGCCAAGAAAAACAUUCGACAUUCCCCCUGGCGGCUCAAUCUCAUUUGUCAAAUGAUUGCCGGCUUGACAGUACCAGAAGCCGACAAACAGUUGUCUUUUUGCGAAAAAUCAAGAGCUCCUCUGGUACAGAAAAUGCUCACGGCUGCCACGAGAAAAGCAGAGAAAAAGGAUGGCAUACAACCGGUACAACUCGAAGUGGCAGAGUGCUUUGUCACACGAGGCACUCCUCUGAAACGAAUCAAACCCAUGGCCAGGGGAAGGUUUGGCAAAAUGACACAUCCCUUUGCGCACAUUCGAAUGGUGCUAAGAGAAAUCGAUUUCAAACUCAAAAUAUACCAGGAACCAACCAUCAGUGGGAAAAAACAAUGGCUCAACAUGCAGAUUGUGGCGCAACAAGAGGCAGAAAAGGCAGAAGCGGAAAGACUCGAAUUGGAACAAUACAUGGCUCGACAACAAGAGAUCAAGGAAAAGGAGGACGCCAAAAACUAGAUAGACUAACUAUUACUACUAGACCAAAUAACUGACUAAGCUAUGGCUGGUUAGUGCUAAGAAACACUACCGGUAUAGCUAUACCUACAUGUACUAGAG